AUGAUGGGAUAUGGGGGUCACCACUACCCUCAGCAGCAACAAUCCCAGCGCAGUGCGCUCCCACCACAACAACAGCAGCAGCAGCAGCAUAUGCAGUCGCCAUCAACCAGCGCGGCUUCUGGGCACCGGCAGAACGCUACCGCAUUUGCUAGCAAUAGUAGUCUGUAUCGGACGCAGACGCAGGCCGACCUGACAGGUCUUUCACCGAGUCUCCGGAAUAUGACUGCGACCUCAUCGCAGUCGUUGGUUGGGGGGUUGCCGGCAGCCACCAGCUACGGCUCAUAUACGGGGCAGUUCCAGUCGCCUACCUCGUCCGACAUGCUGUCUAGGACGACGGAAUCACUCGGUCAGAUGAAAAGCCCGUACAUGUCUUCUUUGCAGGGGACUUCAAUGCAGAGUUUACAGCGGAGCGUGAAUCCAAUGGCCAGUUAUCGGCACCCUUCAUUGAAUCAGCAAUCUGCGCUGUCUCCGCAUUCGCAGACGAUGGGUAUUUCUUCUCCGCAGCAGUCGCUGGAUCGACUGCAGCAGCAACAGCAGCUCCAACAUCGACAGUCUCCGCAUACGCAUCCAACGGCGUCCACGCCUGCGACGGCCUCACCGAUGCUUGCAACUAAUUCACAGCAGCAACAUCAGCCAUCGUAUACGCAGCAGUAUCAGCAGUCUUCUCCUUACCAGACUCAACAGCAGUCUACGCCGUACCAGCAGACACAGCAAGCUAGUCAAUAUCAACAGCAGGCGCAGUCGUUGUCUCAAUAUCAACAGCCGCAAAAAGCGCAACAAACCACGCAGUAUCAGCAGCCCGCGCAGCAAACACAGCAACAUUCCACUCAGUAUCGUGUACCGCAACAGGCUCAAUUUCAGCAACCUCAGGCCCAGCAAUCACCGUACCAGUCUCAAACACAGUAUUCUCAGUACUCGCAGGCGCAACAGAGUCCAUAUCAACAAUUGCAAACCUAUCAGCAGCAGGCGCAAAAGGCUCAACAAGUGCCUCAAUCUAGCCAACAGACGCAGCAGACACCAUCAUCUCAGCAAACGCAAUCCUCCCAGACUUCUCAAUAUGCUCAAGUGUCUCAGCCCUCACAAACCGCUCAAUAUGCACAGGCGUCUCAAACUUCUCAACCUCCUCAGUAUGCUCAAGUGUCUCAGUACCCUCAACCUCAGUCAUCACAGGCUACUCAAUCUUCGCAACUUGCACAAUUGUCUCAGCUUCCUCAGACGUCCUACUCUUCGCAGUCAGCCCAGGCAACACAACCUUCGCAGACUACACAAGCAUCACAAGCGCAACAGUAUGCUCGGCAGCAGGCCCAUCAAGCGCCAGCUACUCAAGCUUCUCAGACACCACAGGCCUCACAGGCUCAGUACCAAGCUCGUCAGCAUGCCCACCCGCAAGCCCAGCAGGCACAGCAAAGAGUCCAUCAGCAAACCCAGCAGGGGCAGGCGCAGCAACAACAACAACAACAGCCUCAAAAGGCAAAGCAGCCGCAGCAGGUUCAGAAACCUCAACAGACUCAGCAAGCCCAGCAUAGCCAACAAAGUCAGCAGGCCCAGCAGAGUGCACUUACGCCAUAUCAGCAAGCACAGCAGCGCUUCACUCAGGCCCAGCAGGCCCAGAAGGCUCAGCAGGCUCAGCAGGCUCAACAAGCCCAACAAGCCCAACAAGCUCAACGGUCACCCUACCAGGCUCAGAUGCAAAAUCCCCAGCUGCAACAAUAUGCUGCCUACCAGCGCCAGUAUCCACAACAGCAACAGUACCAGUUACAGUCUCCGCAGUUGCAUACCUCGCAGACGCCUCAGCAGCAACAGUACAAUCUACAAACGCAGCAGUCCCAGACGUCGCAAUCUCCCCAGCAACAAAUCACGCAGCAGACGCCACAGCAAGUUAAGCAGCAGUUACAACAGCAAAAGUCCCAGCAAACGCCUCAGCAAACUCCGCAGCAACAGCAUCAGCAGAUACCCAAAGCCCAUCCUCAACAGCAGCAGCAGCAGCAGCAGCAACCUCAGCAGUCAUCGACCCAAUCUGCCUCAACCAAGGCUAAGCCGGUCAAAGAGCCUAAAAAGAAGCAACCCACCAAGAAGCAAAAGGCCGCUGUCGCCGCCGCCGCUGCUGCUGCCGCUUCGGCUCCUGCUCAGGCAGCGCAGCCCGCAAAGGCAGCACAGCCGGUACAGUCGACUCAUAAUGCAUAUACUGCUCCAACUUCUCACACUGCUUACAAUGCACCAAAUGCACACACUGCCCAUACUGCCCCAGCUCACGCUCACGCAGCCCAAGCCCAAGCAUCCCGAGUGUCCCAGAUACCUCAGAUACCUCAAGUACCCCAGCCAUCUCAAGCAUCACAGGCCCCGGCAGCUCAGCCAGCUCAGCCAGCCCAACCAUCCCAACCAACGCCGGCAGCGCAGGCGACAAAUCACGUGAACGGACAAGGUCCUGUUACUUUCAUAUCCGAGAAUUCAAACCGGGCGCCCACGAAACCUGGGGAUCCGAAUCACACUCCGAGAAAGCGAGGCCGCCCACGGAAACAACCUGGAGACGAGACAAAGCCGAAGAAGCCGAAGAAACCCAAAGUUCCCGUUGCUCCGGGCGAUGCUGCUGCAGCUGCAGCUGCCGGUCUGCCCAACAUCCCGGGCGUCGGCGUGCCUUUCCAGAUUACAACACCUGGUCAAGCUGCUGCAGGUGCUUCUGGCCUUCCUGGUGCGCCGGGCGCCUCUGGAACGUCUACCGCUCCCCCCGUCCCAAUAAUUGGGCCGGAUGGCAACCCUAUUCCCAUGAAGCGUAAGCGAGGGAGACCUCGUAAAUCAGAGAUGGAUCCUAACGCGCCCCGCAAGCCCAAGCCGCCCAGGGAUCCGAACAAACCAAAGGGUACGGGUCGUCCUCGAGGUCGGCCGAGGAAAGCAGAUGUGCUGGCACGGAAGAAGUUGGAGGAAGAGCAAGCUGCGGCGGCUGCUGCGGCGGCCGCCGGGAUUGAAGAUGGGGUUCCUUCUACUACUCAACCGGAAACGCAAUCAACGUCGCAACCUAGCUUUCAAGCAGCAUCUCAACCUGGGGUCCAGCCUGCUCCGCAAUUUGUGAAUUCCGUUGGGGGCCAAGCGCAAGUGCAAGCUCCGCCGCAGAGCGCUCAACCAUCGACCGAGCCUCAGGUUCAGCACAUGUCUCAACAACCUCAGCAUCACGUUCAGCAAAUGCUUCAGCAAUCCCAAUCUCAGAUGCAAUCUAGACCAACAAUGGCACAGCUGCAGGCUCAGCAGAUGAAAGCUCAGCAGAUGCAUGCUCAGGCUCAACGACAAGCGCAGACCUCGAAACAAGCGCAGCAAGUGCAGCAAAUGCAGGUCUCAAACCAAAGGCAAGCUCAACCGCACUUGCAAGCGCAUUCUCAGAUGCAGGGAUCAAGUCAGAGACAGCCCCAAACGCACAUGCAAGUCCAACAGAUGCAAGCACAGAUGCAGCCGCAGCCGCAGCCGCAGCAACCGCAAACCACAGCUCAGAUGCAGGUUCAGCCUCAGAAAGCGCAACCGCAGAUGCAAGUACAACCUCAAAAGGCUCAAGCUCAGAUGCAGACGCACCAGAUGCAGGUCAAUCCUCAGAUUCCUGCUCAGCAGAUGCCGAAAGCUCAGAUGUCGACCCAGCAAAUGCAGUCCCAAUCACAGCUACAAGCUCAGAUGCAUGCACAGACCCAACGACAGACGCAGUCCCCAUUGCAGACCCAGACUCAGAGACCACAGGCUCAGAUCUCUCAUCAGCAAAUGCAGCCCCAUGCUCAUGCGGGUCAGUCUCAUGCAGCUCAAUCCCGUGUACAAGUUCAGACACAGCCUUCUGCGCAGGCUCAGACCUCUACACACGCUCAGGUGCAACAGGUGCAGGCGCAAGGACAGGCCAAAGCUCAUCAGCAGUACCCUCAAGCUCACACCCAAGGCCAUACACAAAGUCAUUCUUUGCCGUAUCCGCAAUCGCACUCGCAUCCUCAGGCGUACCAAACACAAUUCCAAACUCAGAUCCAACCGCAGCUGCAUCAUAUGCAGACUCACUCGCUCCACCCACUCUCCCAAUACCAACAACACCUUUCGCAUCAUACGCAUUCCUCUCACUCACAAACCCAAGCUCAGCCUGGGUCUCCGAUGACCUUGAACCCAGGUCAAAAGCGCUCCUCGUCGGCGCUAGACGACGACCCUCGCAAACGAGCCUAUAUCAUGCCGCAUCAGCUAUAG